GUAGGUCCCACUGACGGCAGGUUUGCCUACACCCCUCCCGUCGCCUCUGUCGACAGCAGGUCCUCCUCCAGCCUCUUUAAACUGCUUUCACCGCCACACUAACGACACUUCAGGUUUUCGGUGAGAAGCUGUGUGUCUUCACAGCCCUCAUUCCCGCCGGUGAGUGUGAGCGAGUGUGUUUCUGAGGAUAUUUUAUUUCGCUGUUGGAGCGUGUGGAGCUAGAACAGAACACAGACGAAAAAGAAGCUGUGUUUGAGGCUCCUUCAGUGGGCGGAUAAAGCGGAGGAGGGCAGCAUCCGGGCCUGGCAGCUCCGGAGAGUCGCCUCGAAAACCACGGAAUCCACCGUUUCAGGCUUUGCACUGCCCUGCUAUGGAGAAAAUGAAGAGGUUUAAGAAGCGCCUGUCGUUAACACUCCGCUCCAGUCAGACAAUUGACGAGUCCCUGUCUGAACUGGCCGAGCAAAUGACCAUUGAGGAUGGCGGCACUCAGGACAACGAGCCCUUCAUGAGGAACGGCCGCCCCCCGACCUCCCACAGCAUGCACUCCUUCCUGCACCAGUACACUGGCUCCUUCAAGAAGCCCCCCCUCCGUCGGCCACACAGCGUCAUUGGUGGCACCCUGGGGUCCUUCAUGGCUAUGCCACGUAAUGGCAGUCGACUUGAUAUUGUACAUGAGAACUUGAAGAUGGGAUCAGACGGGGAGAGCGACCAGGCAUCGGGAACCUCAUCCGACGAGGUUCAGUCUCCAACCGGUGUCUGUCUGAGGAACCGAAUCCAUCGGCGGAUCUCCAUGGAGGACCUCAACAAGCGUCUGUCGCUGCCAGCUGACAUCCGAAUCCCUGACGGCUACCUGGAGAAGCUGCAGCUCAGCAGUCCGCCCUUUGACCAGCCGCUCAGCCGGCGCUCCCGCCGAGCUUCGCUGUCGGAGAUUGGGUUUGGGAAGUUGGAGACAUAUAUUAAGCUGGACAAACUGGGAGAGGGAACAUACGCCACAGUAUUCAAAGGACGUAGUAAGCUUACGGACAACCUGGUGGCACUGAAGGAGAUCAGGUUGGAGCACGAGGAAGGAGCGCCGUGCACCGCCAUCAGAGAAGUGUCGUUACUGAAGGACCUCAAACACGCCAACAUCGUGACGCUCCACGACAUUGUUCACACUGACAAGAGCCUCACGCUCGUAUUUGAGUACUUGGACAAGGAUCUGAAACAGUACAUGGAUGACUGCGGGAACAUAAUGAGCAUGCACAAUGUGAAGAUCUUCUUGUUCCAGAUAUUGCGAGGCCUCUCGUAUUGUCACAAGAGGAAAGUUCUCCACAGGGAUCUGAAGCCUCAGAACCUCCUCAUCAAUGAGAGAGGGGAACUCAAACUGGCUGAUUUUGGUCUGGCGAGAGCCAAGUCUGUCCCAACCAAAACCUACUCCAAUGAGGUGGUGACACUCUGGUACCGACCUCCUGAUGUUCUGCUGGGAUCCUCAGAGUAUUCAACACAGAUCGACAUGUGGGGCGUUGGAUGUAUAUUCUAUGAAAUGGCUGCAGGUCGGCCGCUGUUCCCCGGCUCCACAGUGGAGGACGAGCUCCACCUCAUCUUCAGGUUUUUGGGCACACCCUCAGAGGACAACUGGCCGGGAAUCUCCUCCAUUGACGAGUUCAAAUCCUAUAACUUCCCCAAAUAUAAACCACAACCGUUAAUCAACCAUGCUCCCAGGCUGGAUGGUGAAGGCAUUGAGCUGCUGCUGGCUUUUCUCAGAUAUGAAUCUAAGAGGAGGAUUUCAGCGGAAGAAGCAAUGAAGCAUCCUCACUUCAGGCAGCUAGGAAUGAGAGUCCACACACUGCACGAGACCGUUUCAAUAUUCACAUUAAAAGAAGUGCAGCUGCAGAAAGACCCUGGCUACAGGAACCCCUCAUACCCAGAGUCAGGUAAUGGCAAGAUCAACAGGAGGCAAAGCAUGCUCUUCUAAAGGUCAGCGGAGAGGACGGACGACUGCCCGACUUCAUCAUCAUCCUCAUCACUCCCCAGCGAUCUCUUGCAUGAGCCCACCUCCUUUCAGAGUGACACCCCUCCAGCUACCUGCACACACACACACACGCACACACACACACAAUGUGUUUGGAGACUGUGUUUAUUUAUUGGGACGGGGGCUCGGGAUGAGGUUGAUGUUUUUUUGCUGCUAAACUACUACUGUCUUUAUUUAACACACCGUGUGUGUGUGUGUGUGUAUGAGCGCGCGCACGCCUGUGCAUUUGUGUGUGUGUAUACAUGAUGUGAACUCGAGACGCCAUGCACAGUUGAGCAGUCGGUAAAGUUACGGUUUGUUUUUCUCCUGACUGCUAUUCUCGGGCUUCGUUUGAGUUUCCACUGAUGUUGUUGACGCUGUGACCCAAGUUGUUGUUCUUGUCGUGCAUGGAGACCGCUUCAGUUUCUCCUCCUUUUUUAAUAUAAAUAUGUACAUCUACACACACACACAUAUAUAUUGAGAGGUUAUUUUUUGUUUUUCUUUGAGCUUCCGUGGCUGACCUCCACAGCAUUUCCAAGUUGAGACAGACUGAGACAGGAGGAUUCCCUUCUUUCCCCUUGGUCCUGCUGCGUUUAUGUGGAUUCACCAA